UGUGCCGUAAUGGCGGCCAGCACGAGUGGUUUGUCGUGGUUUGACUUUCUCUUCACUGACAAGACUGACUUACUAAAAAACCAUCUCAACGACCCUUCAGCAGAUCCAUCUGCAUCACAGCUGAUUGUUCAGUUUCUAGAGYGUUCAGGCAUAACAGCAUCACAGCAGCAAACAUCUGAUGCUGCCCCAUCAGUUGAUAAUAAGCGUGGAAAACGCCUGAAGGAGUUGGCACUACAGGUUGGCUUCUACUUGAAAUGGAACCUUGAAGCCUUUGAAGAAAGUUUGUCAUUGCACUGGCAAAACCUGUUUUUCAAUGAACUAUUAAAGCUUCAAACACCAUCAUACCAAAAUGUGAAGAAUGGAUUGGUAUCACUCAAGGAACUCAAUGAAAAAUCUGCCAUGGCUCUUAUUAUAUAUUGUCGCUGGGUGAUAAGGACACUAGCACAGCACUUUUUACCAAACAUUGGAAAGCCAAAAACUAACAUGUUGGAGGCUGCAGAAAAUGAAGAAAUACUGAAAAAUCUUAAAGAACAACUCUCCACUUGCAUUUCCAUCCUCGAGGAUACUCUGAACCUUACUAAAGACCUUGAGUUGCCUUGUCCAUUAGACCAGAACACUGCUACAACAGAAACACCUGCCAAAGAAUCAGAUACGGAAGACAAGAUUGAUGAUCCUGAACCUGAUGGGAAGGACAAUAAAUUAAAGAAAGAAAGACUAGAUGAAGUAGAAACAGUGAGAAUAGCAGACAUCAAGGCACAGGUGUCAUUUGAUCUGGGGACUUUAUAUUUUUACCAAGAAAAAUUCGAAAAAGCUGCCAAACUUUUCCAGCACUGCAAGGAAGCUAAGUGUUGCAGGUCAUCGUGUUAUACAGUCCAAGAAGAUAUGUUACAUGGCUAUUACAUGUCUUGUUCUGGUUUAUUGGACAAUACAACAGACAGUACAACAGACACCAUGUCUGAAGAGAGACAACACAGUAAUUCUUUGCUGGAACAAGUGCAGCAUUAUAAAUCCUCAUCCUUUAAGGACCUCUUGCAGCUUCUCAUCACUGAUAACAUACAACAAGAACUUCCCAUGGAUUACAGAAAAUCACUGGAAAAAGAACACUCUGGCAGCCUGCAGCAGCAGAUUGAAGCCUGUAAUAUUAUAAGACUAGUUCUAGAGGGUCAACUGACUGACUCUGAUUUUUGGAGUGGCUUAAAGACAAGCACCAAAGAWYACCUUGAAUGCAUCUUGUCAUUAUGUGUACAGACGUUACAAAUUAAGGAUUCCAACACAUUCAAGCAAUCCCUGGACAAGGAUUCAAUAUUUCAGAUUUUGAAGUCAUUUGUUUGUUUGUUGUGUAGCUGUUUUGAAGAUGGAUUCAAAGUAGCACAAAACUCUGAAGCUAAAAUAUUUCUUGGUGAUUUUAAGGCUGAUAAUGACCAAGUUGAUAAGAAGAUGGAAGUGAAUCCAGUGAAGUACAGUUCAGUCAAUACUUACCCAAUGUUUAGAAGUGAUGACAAGGAUCUAAAGUGUGGCUACCUACAGCAAAAUCUCCGGUUGAGUUUUGACCCAGAAGAGAUCAACAGUAUUGUUGAGGAAUUGCACAAGAUUCAGCCGUCAAGAAGGGUUCACUUAGAGAAUUUGACGUGCAUGACAUACAAGGCGUACAUUGAUGACAUCCAAGACCCUCUUCUACAAGAAAUAUUACACAUCAUGUUUUCCAAAGCCAUGCAGUGUGCUUCAAAAAAGGCAUAUGAAGUAUCUAUGGCCCUAUUGCAAUAUGCCAUUGGAAGGUUAGGCGCAACCAAUACCGGACCAGUGUCAGCCAUUGAAAGGGUUAAAAUGGCGAUCAACCAAGAGCUUCUAGUUAUCRACUUAAAGAAAAACAAAAGCAAAAAAGAAGACUUGGUUAAUCAAGUCAAGUCAUACAUUCAUCAAACCAGUAAUUGUAAAUCAAGACUGAAAAUGUUUCUAUCCAUAGAACUAGAUAUCUUACCUCACGUGGAAAGAGUUGCAGUGGUAUAUCUAUUGAACAGCAAAGAACUGACCUUCCUGUCAGACCUCAAGAUGGACACAGAAGAAUCCACUACUAUAGAUUAUAGAACUCUUGGUUCUUUGCUGGCAGCCGCUUGUCUGUCUGUUAUGAAGCCUCAGCAGUGGCGCAAGUACAUACGCCUACUAUGGGAUGGAGUGCUCAGAAUAUUCAGCUCAACUGUACAACACAAGAGACCCCAAGAUGGCAGACCUACAAUCCCAAUAAGGAGAGAGGCUAGCAGUAUGAGUGUAUCAAGCUUUCUAGAUUUUGUUGACCACAUCCAGGAAGAGACUUGUUUAGCAGUUGUUGUAUCAUGUCUCGUAAGGCUGCACAAUUUAUCAAAGGAGGGGCAAGAGAAUGCCAGAGAAAUCUUCAGCUCACAUGGUUACCUUUGGCCAACGUCUGUCACAAACCGAAGUACCGUGAAUUUUGAGCAAAUAGACCAUGCCAUGCUGCACACUACCAAACAUGCUGUUAUAGCCUACCCAUACAAUGCCGUGUGGCUACAAACAUUGGGUGAUAUAUAUCUUGAUUCCAAAAAUUAUUCCUCGGCCCUCAAAUGUUACAUUGAGGCUGGAGCAUGUUCAUCGUGUCUGUUUUAUUCGUCCAUCCCAGUGACCGUCUGGGACACUCAGAUAUUCAAGAAGAUGGUUGAAUGCUGUAUGGAGCUGAAGGCAUACAUACAGGCUGCCCUAUUGUGUCAGUGUAUGGACCCAAAGGAUUAUGCAACUGCCUUCAAAGCCAUACAGUUAGCCGCAACUGCAGCCGGUGAAGAUGCAAUGGAUCAAUAUUACAUGCUGUUCUGGGAUGUCACGAUGUUAGAAUACCUUAUAAACACUCAUUUCCAGCAAGGACAACAGGAGAAAAAAUUCCUAGCGAUUCAAACCAUAAGUCAAGCGGAAUUGAAUAUUUUUAACAAUCAGGAUAUUCUGGACCACGCUGAAAGCAUCCGAAAAGCUUCAUUAUUCCGUACUUUAGCGAAGCAGUAUCUUUAAGUGUGCCAUUGCCACUCAAUUUACCAACAGUGAUAAGAUCCAGAAUUGACGAAAUAAUGAACGAAAACAAAUAAAAAACGUAAAAAGAUAAAAAAGGCUUACAAUGUCUUAUCCCAACGCAAAGUCGGAAAAAUAGAUGUGUUGUGUGUUAGCGAAGCGCGCUUGGAAAGUCCUCAAUGGGUCGUUGGUCGAAAUACAUAUUGGUGGAAUAAGCGGCGGAAUAUUUGCAAUGAAUUCUAGCAGGUACUGGGUCCAUUUGGACUUGGAUGAAUACUAAAUAGUUUGUAUGUACAGUACUCGAGGUCUGAAUGGGGUGGGAAUACAUAUUUUCAGAAAAUUUCUAAACAAUUAUAUCCGUACUAUAAAAAGGAGAAAUUUCUGAAC